UACAAAACCAUAAUAUUUAACCAAGAUGUUUCUUGCAACAGCUACCAUUAGCAACUGAAGAACCUUUACAAUAAGUAAAAAGUAUUUAUGAAGGCUAAAACGUGAUUUGGUAAUUGAUGAAAAAUUGUUGAUGAACGCAAAGACCCUAACUUGCAAGCUUGAAAAAAAACUACAAAAAACAGAAAAUGACACCAGCAACCAAUAGUGGAUUGACGACCAUAGAUUACAGCAUCUAUGAAGAUGGAUUGUGUCUGAAAGAUGACAUUAAACUGAAAGCUGGCAGAUUAAUUGUACCAUUGUACAUAUUAGUAUUUUUAAUUGGUUUCAUUGGAAAUAGCCUUGUGAUUUUAAUUUUAAUCAAGUACAAAAAGUUAAGAACCAUGACUGAUGUCUAUCUUCUUAAUCUGGCAAUAUCUGAUCUAUUUUUUGUUUUUUCUUUGCCAUUUUGGGCAUAUUAUAUUUUAUAUGACUGGAUUUUUGGAAAUACGUUAUGCAAAUUGUUCUCAGGCAUAUAUUUAAUUGGAUUUUAUGGUGCAAGUCUUUUCAUCAUACUUCUUACAUUAGACAGAUAUUUGGCAAUAGUGCAUGCUGUUUUUGCAAUGAAAACAAGGACAAUUAAAUUUGGUAUAAUUACUAGCAUCCUUCUAUGGAUGGUCGCCAUUUUGGCUUCACUCCCUGGUUUCAUAUUUAGCGAAGUUGAACAGAAAAUGUAUGUUGCAUGCAGUCCUAAUUACCCUCACAGAAACUGGAUGUUGUUUGAUAUAUUUGAAAUGAACAUAUUGGGGCUUGUCAUUCCAUUGGUUGUUAUGAUAUUUUGCUAUACAAGAAUAGUAUGUACUUUGCUGCGAUGUAGGAGUGAGAAAAAAAAAACCAAAGCUGUAAAGCUUAUUUUCAUAAUUUUGAUUAUGUUCUUGCUAUUUUGGUUGCCAUACAAUGUUGUUCUUAUUUUGAUAGCCUUUCAAGAUUCUGAAAUCCUAAACAACUGUGAAACAAGCAAGAGAUUAGAUGAAGCAAUUCAGUGGACAGAGGCAAUGUCUUUUUUUCAUUGUUGUCUUAACCCUAUUAUAUAUGCUUUUGCUGGUGAGAAGUUCAGGAAAUACUUAUGUAUCUUUCUUCACCAGAUGUUGCCAAACUGGCAUUUUUGUCCAUUCAUGCACACACAUAUACAAACAUAUGAUAGACAUAGUUCAUUGUACACUUCAUCCACCGGGGAACAAGAUAUUUCCGCUGUUCUCUAAAUUUUGAUAAGAAAAGGUUUUAACUACAUUAACUAGCAUAAAAAUACAGUGGGAAUAAAGAGGAGGAUUUAUAAAACCACUCUUGGGGCCAAUAUACAUAAAAUGUUAUUUUUCUUUUGUGAUAAGUAUGCUGCAUAGGAUAAUAAGAACUUACAAGCUCCUCAAUGCAGGAUGCUGAAAAUUAUAAUUAAGAUUAUACACAUACUACAUUUGUGGAAAAUUAUAUAGACUUUUUUCACCUAUUAUAUCUUUUUUAAGUGCCAGUGUUGGGA